AUGGCUAUCAAGACAAUUUACAUUGCAAGGGAGCUUUUAAAACUAACGCAUUAUUUCCAGCACGGCUACCGUUCGAACUGGCUUCCAAAAGGGCCUUAUCCUCCUCCUCCUACCGGAGUUAACAGCGAUGUUCCUCUUGCAGAGCAUGGGGUGAAACAAGCGAAGGAGCUUGCUCAUUACAUCAUGUCGAUUGAGAACCAGCCUGAGAUGAUCUUUUCGUCACCUUUCUACCGGUGCUUACAGACGUCUGAGCCAAUUGCCGAUCUUUUGGAUCUCCCUAUUAAUAUGGAACGAGGCAUUGGCGAGUGGUACAAGCCUGAUAGAGAUGUUAUUCCUGAACCGGCCUCAUUUGAGGUUUUGAACAACUUCUUUCCCGGAAAACUAAAUCCUGAUUGGGAAUCAACAGUUAUCCCAAGCGGCAAAGGAGAGACUGAACAAGACAUUUUCAACAGAUGCAAGGAGUUCUGGCCCAAGUUUGCGGCUAAGCUUGAAGCAGCUUUUCCCAAUGUUGAAACGAUCUUGCUGGUCUCACACGCAGCCACUAAGAUUGCAUUAGGCAUGAACCUUUUGGGCUUUGACAACUGCAGAGACCCUAUUGACAGCGACGGGGCCAUCAUAAGAAGUGGAAGUUGCUCACUUGAUAAAUUCGAGCUGGUACAAAGCGAGCUUGAAGAUCUUGAGGAUGUUCCAUUUCCUGCUAGAAGAUGGAGGCUUACUAUGAACGGAAAUACCGAGUUCUUGAGCAAGGGCGAAGAAAUGCACUGGGAUUUCCAAUACGGGUUCGAAGCAGGGUCCGACGCGGACAUUAAAGCAAGACAGGCUUUGGCGGAGAAAGAGGCGCUUCAAGCCAAAGCCUCCGACGCGGGCGUGCCUUUGGAAAAAGACGCACGAGCGUCUAAUGUUGACACGGAGGCAUUCGAACAUGUCUAUUUCAGCGUUGACGUUCCUGGAGAUAAUUUUAAGAAGAGGGGUGAGAUUGAACCUAACGCAACAAUGCAGUACUCUGGUCUGGAAACCGAAGCUCCUCUGGUCAGAGUGGGUGAGAAGCUUUAUGAAGGCAAGUGGAAGAAACUUGUUGGCACAGAGUUAGCUUUGCCCGAUGCUGCCGUAAUGAAAACGAGAACCAGCGAAGAUGGCGAUGAUGCAGUGAGCGAAUCAGAAACCUUCGAUAGUACUAGCACAGACAAAAACCAAACACCUGAGGAUGCAGGAGAUCCAAAUGGAGAGAGGAUAUAUCGCAUAACAGACCGUUUGGUGCUGGAAAAUGUGCGUCCUAUGUAA